GAACCGCCUUUCGCUAAUCUGUUUACCGAUACCGCCGGGAACAAAAUGAUCGUUGCUGGUCGUCGUGCUCCGUCCUGCCGUCGAUGAACUUGUCUUUGAGCAGCAAACAGUAGGCAAUGGGCAGACAGUAACGAGUGGUGAGACCAAGACUCUGCCGAUCGGUUUUUCUAAGCGGCCCUAGUAGAUUUUGUUGCUUGUGAGUUGCCACCGACGGUAAAAUAGUUGCCCCAAAAAGCGAUUAAAUUAGUGCGAACUGCUGCUGUAGCUGUGGAAGUGAAGCCGGGAGCGUUCUGGAGAAAAGUACAAUGGCGACGAGCAAUGUAAAGCUGCCGGAUUUGAUCAACCGAUGGAUCGAGGUGCAGAAGAAAGGGACCGAGCUGGAACGAGCAAAGCCACUCGAUAUUGACGCAAUCAACUUGACGCUCUUGCUGAAAUCGAUGGGCCUCCGGUUGCAGUACCUGGACUUUGAGACGGAGAAGAGCAAUGCCGACAAUCUGACGAUCACGGUCAAAUGCAACCGGUCCGGCAUGAGGGCGGAGCUGAGCUACGAGCUGUUGCGGUGCAGCUGCCCCGAGAAAACCGACCAGGAAAGCUCCUUCUGGGAGGUGCAAGGGACGGGCCCGAAGGUGUUUUCCAAGUGUAAAAACAACGCUUCCUCCAACCUGCUGCCGGAUGUGUCGGAAAGCUGCGCGCUCGUCUCGAAGGCGAUGCUCGCGAACCUGCUCGACUACUACGAGGCCAGCAUACGGCAGGUGAAGGAGGGGAAGGAGCAGGCUAUGCUUCAUUCGCCCCUGAAAUCCCCCCGCGUGAAGAUGAACGUCGUUAGCCCGGGGCUGACGAUCAAGAAACCCUUCUCGACGCCACCGGCCGAGGGGAAAUUUUCGUCGCGAAUCGAGUCGGUCGCUCCGGUCGGCGGACUGGAUGACACCGUGGAGGAUGAUGGAGGCAUCGAAACAAGCACCAAAGAGUUGGAAAAGGACGAACCGGUCGCGGGGAGCAGCGCGUCGUCCAGCCGUCCAGAAUCCAGAUCAAACACAUCGGCCGAGAGUGUGGGAAUAAACAAUAAAACACACGACCUGGUGAGUACCGACCAUCCAGCCAACAAGCCGGUAGUGGAUGCGGUUCUCAGUCCCGCCCAGACCAGCGUGGCGGACGACAAUGCAUACGAGGCGAUGAAAACGCUCGUCACCUCGAGCCCCAACGAAAGGCCAGUUGAGGCAGCGGUGGCAGCAGCGGGAGCAGCCACCGACACGCAGCACGAUCGAGACCAGAACGUGAUCAACUGCCUGCAGGAGGCACGCUGCCAGAUCGAUAUAGCGCUGCUGCUGAUGAAAAGCAACACUACGCAAGACCUAACGAACGGUUUCGGGCGAACCAUUACGCCCCAGCACGCGUCCGCCGUGUCGAGGAAGUCUUUCCUUACGAUGACACCGAAGUUUGCUCAGCCCCGUUCCAGCUCACUGCUAAGCAUCGACCGAAAACGCACGCCGGCCGACGUUGGGGUGCCGAAAAAAACAUCCUCCGCCUCUUCGCUCCCAUCGUCUGGGCCGAGGUUGUCGAUUGGCAGUUUGGCCGGGCGUGCAGACACACCGAGACCGUCCGUGGCGCAGGUAAAAUGCGUCGCUGCCUUGCGCAAACCCGCUGGUAUGAUGCGAUCACCGGGAUUGUCCACAGGCGCACAGCAGUCCACGGUUGGAGGAGGGCUGAAAAAGCCACCGAGCGGCUCUAUUGCAUCACUGUCCAGUCAACGCAAAUCGUUGGCAUCGACGGGUGGUACAACCACAGCUAGCGGAAGGUCCAUUCCGAAACCGCCGACGUCGUCAUCCGGACGCCCUGCGGGUGCUGGUUUGAUUCAGCGAUCAACGAGUGCAUCGUAUAUAAGCAAGAGAUAGGAUACAACACGGAGUCUGUUGAAGAAAUCGUAUUUUUGUAAAACCCAUACACACCCGUACGCAUGGCGCUCUGCUUGUUUAUGUUGCAUAAAACUGUAGUUAGUAAUUAUAUUCCAAACAAUUGUGUUUAUUCGUCCCCAAUAAAAAUAUUGAUUUUGUUCCCAAACGGA